AUAUAUAUUAUACAUACAUAGUAUUUAUUUAAACCAACCUCUUUUCUGUUAGAUUUCGGUUUUGUCGAACGCAACGCUUUUGGUUCAGAAUGUGUCUCUCUUCGCAGUAUAAGGCGCUUAGAACUUUUAACAGGAGAAAUCAAAGAUAUUUUUCGAAAAUACAGCAAAUUCCGAGCAGCAAACAUUUUUGUUUUUUAAAUACAGAUUAUUGAUAUGUGUGAAACACACAUGUGUUGUUUGCUCUGAAUUGGCAUUCUUAUCAUAAUCGAAAUUUUGUUAUCGGCUAUUAUGACUGCGGGAUUUGUGGGAGCGAGCAUUUUCAAACAUUUGUUUUCUCGAAGAAGUUUAAACAUGGUCAUAAAAGCGGCUCUUAUUGAUUUAAGUGGCACUCUGCAUGUUGAAGAUGAGCCGACUGCAGAUGCUGUAAAUGCUUUAAAAAGGUUGCGCGACACGAAUAUUCAGAUAAAAUUUGUAACUAAUACUACAAAGGAAUCUAGAAAAACUCUACAUGAGCGUUUACGAAAAAUUGGAUUUGAAUUGAAAGCACAUGAAAUAUUUAGUUCAUUAAGUGCUGCUGCGAACUACGUUGAAAAGGAGAAACUUAACCCACUUUACUUGCUAAGUGAAGACGCGAGAUCAGAUUUUCGUGCCUCAGAUCCAAAUCUUGAAAUGGAUUCAGUGGUAGUUGGAUUAGCUCCGAGUGAAUUCUACUAUGAAAAUUUGAAUAAAGCUUUUAAUUUACUUAUGGCCAACAAGAAUAACCGGCUUGUAGCCAUACACCAAGGUAAAUACUACAAAAGAGCAGAUGGCCUGGCCUUAGGUCCAGGAGCUUUUAUUAAAGGGCUGGAAUAUGCAGCAGCAGUAAAUUCUGUGCUGAUAGGAAAACCCAAUGAAUAUUUUUUUAAAAGUGCCAUUCCUGAGGGAAUAUGUCCAGAAGAAUGUGUUAUGAUAGGAGAUGAUCCGAAUGACGAUGUUGCUGGUGCAAUGAAGAUAGGGCUCAAAGGAAUUCAAGUAAAGACCGGAAAAUAUUUACCAAACAUAACAGUUCCGGAGCAGCCAACAGCAUUAGUAGAAAACUUUUCAGAAGCAGUGGACUGGAUAAUAAAUACUAAUUUAAAAUGAAUUAAAAAUGCAUUCAAUCUCGAUACUAAAUUGAAUUACGUAUAUUACAUAUAAUCUUCUAUUCAUUCAUUCUAAAUUUUAAUUACAUUGAGAAACAGUAAUUUUAUUUUAUGAAGUUUAUUACCCGAUUUUGUAUGAUUUUGACACGCUGAUACAAAUUCUGUAGUCAGUUUUUCUCUAACAGCUCUAAUUUUCGAAAUAAGAACAUAUUACAUUUUAAGCCAAAAAAAUACUACAAUUUGA